AUGAACAGCAACAGUGACAUCGUCAACGCGACUAUGUACGAUUUUCGUGCUUCAAACACAUGGAGUCACUACGCGAAAUCGACUGUAUCUAUAGAAUACACAUACAGCAAUGCGUAUCCUUGUCCUAACGCCCUUCCGGAAGGUAUUGUCCUGGACGGUAACAAACCAUCUAAAUUCAACCGGCAACCUCUUGGGAAAAGCCCUUCGGAUACCCCAUCACUCUCAAGCUCAUCUUCUCUAUCAUCGGCUUCGCCUGAAGAAGAUGACGAUGCGCAUAUAACACACGCCUCACAAACCCCUAUUCGCUAUACAAAUAGCCUUAUCCAGAAAAUCUCUCUAGUGGACAAACUGGUUGAAACGACAUCUGCAGUCAUAGACGCCAUCUGGUGGCCGUCUAUCGAAACUCAAAAUGUCAAAGUAGUGUCAACAUCACAAUUUGUUAAAGAGAUCCUGAAAAGAUCAAAAUCCACCUAUUCUACACUACAAGCUGCGCUUUAUUACAUAUUUCGUAUCAAACAGAAGAUCAUGGACCAUACGGCGGAGCGAAACACUUUGCCUGCGCAACAGUCUUCUCCACAAGACUGUAUAUUCUGUGGACGACGAAUGUUCUUAGCCGCAGUGAUGGUUGCGUCGAAAUUCUUGCAGGACAAGACGUACCGUAACAGUGCAUGGGCAAAGAUAUCUGGCUUGACCACCAGUGAAAUUUCCUACUCUGAAAUGGCCUUCUUGAAGCUGAUUGAAUUUCGGCUAUUCAUAAGCAAAGAGACUUUUGAGAUGUGGCAUCGUAUGCUCACUCAACACAUCAGCCAGCUAAUAAAUACACUACCCACGAAUAGACGCCUUCCUCCAGCUAGUCGAGCGGCCUUGAACGAAAUUUGUAACUAUGGCUAUCAAAGCACUAUUAACUCCAAGGCCCUUGACUACACCCAUGAACCUUAUUUUGUGAAUAUUCUCAAGUCACCAGAUGCUAUGGUUGCCAAACGCAAUGCUUAUCAUGAUCCAACACAACAUAGGAAGAAAUUAUGUCAAUGA